ACAACAAAAAAAAAAAAUAUGGCAGAAUGUGAUCUUACAUAUUAAAUAAGAGACUGCAGGCAAACUAAUCUAAAAUUGGGCAAUGAUGUAUUAGUCUACCAAGAAGAACCGUGGCGUUAAACAGAGAAUCAUUGCAUGUUUGUUUAAGUAUGAACACUACCUUUUGUCUGUUGUGUUUGUCAAGGUGCUUUCAUCCAAGGACCGGACUGAGUCCUUGGAAACCCUAGCAACAAGGUCAAUAUAAUAGUAAUUCAAGGAACAGAAAUCAGGUCAAGGUAAUUAAUUAAAAAUUGGGUUUGCCAAAAGAACAUGAGCAAGCCAGUCAAAACAAAUUUGAGCAUAGCUCCAAUGGUAAAGGUUUCUGACUCUUUCUCUCUCUCUCUCUCUCUCUCUCUCACACACACACACACACACACACACACACACACACAGCGUGAAGGCAGUGAGAGAAGAUAAACCAAAAGAGAAACACUGGGUAGAGAUGAAAGGAAAUCCAACCCCAACCAUCAUCUCCCAAGCCUGUGUGAACUCAAAGCAUUUUUCUGUAAACCGUCUCAUGGGUCACUAUUGUAGCCCUUGGAGACAGUGAGGGUUCACUUGGAAUCACACUCUUAAGGAAGUUAGAAGGGACGGACAGACUGCACUAUCUCCUAGCUGUAAUGUUAUGUAGGCCAGUCUCCUACCUACCCAGCUUUGCUCAAGGACAGCAUCUAUUCCAGGAUGAGUAAAUAUAAACCAGUUCCCAAGCUCUCCAGUCAGUCUCCUGUCCAUCAUACCAACCUGAGGACCCAGCCUUCAGGCAGAGCCUUUAAGAAAGAAGACUUAAGUCAGAUUUCAAAAGACUCCUUAGAAUCAGAUUCGGAAAGCCUCCCCCAAGACAUUAAGGCCCAGUCCAAAGUUGAGGACCAAAUCCAGGACAAAAAUAUGGAACCUGACAGCUUAGAAGAGGACAGCCCUGACCAGGAAAGCCUGAGUGAGCCAGAAGAGGAAGUGAACAGAAAGGCAGCCCACAGGGCCAACAAGGAAGACCCGGGAGCCGGUGGUGUGAAUCACAGCCAUCAUCAUGUAGAAGACAAAUAUUCAGACCUCCGAUAUGAUCCCAACUGGAAGAAUAAGAAGGAGGAGGAGCCGCCAUUGCCUGGGUCUGCCAAUAGCUCUUCAGAAAGCCUGCCUCUGGCUCCACUCUACCCUUCCAGAGAGCCGUCCAUGGGACUCUCAGCAGGGAAAGGCCAAGAGAAGAGGAGUCCUCAGAGUGAAGCCUCCUUGCUCGGAAGUGAGUUCCUAAGCCCAAACUAUGAGCGUGGCACCCGUCAAAACGAGUCCUUUUCAGAACUAAGCGACAGUGACCAGGGGGAGAAGUCCAGCGACCUCUCUCAGUACCUGAAGAGCUCAAGUUCACACAACGAAGUGUUCCUGCCAGGAUCGCGGGGGCCCCGGAGAAGGAAGUCCAAACAGUAUUUUGUGGAAAAAAACAAGCUGACUCUGGGAUUGCCUACUCCUAAAACAGACUCUUACCUUCAACUUCACAAUAAAAAAAGAGGAGAGACUCGCCUCGAACAGAUCUCCUACCCCAUCAGAGACGCUGGCAAGAUGGCUGUCCAGAACGACAAGGAGGUGGAAAACGCUUCCAUGGAUCCUGAGGACAAAUGGCAUCAGAGAGCGGAACAACUCAAGAAUUACCAAGAACAUUUGUCUCAAUAUGAAGACAGAAAAUCAGGCAAUGUCCCAAGAGGUCACUCUUCCAAUGCAGCCAAUGGGCCACAACCUUCCAGAAGAACAGGCAAGGCCAGGGUUCAGAAACAGAAGAAACACCAGAAUAGCCUGAAAUCUCUUGGGACCAAAGAGCUCCUUUUCAGUCAAAAAAGCCAGAAUUACCCUGUCCAACAAGCACAAAACCAAAGGCAGCCUAUGGAUGCCUCAGCAAAGCAUGGGAUGGCCACAUAUAUGAACUCUUCUAACACUGACUUACAGGACUCCAGAACACUCACCCACAAUCCCAAAGUCACCUCUGACAUGUUCGUUCCACCCAAGCAGGCUUUCGACAGAGUACUGUAUAAAAACUCUGUCUUGGGGCUGAAUACUAAUAAAAAAAGAGGGCAUAAACAUGAAGAAGAAAAAAGUUCUUUGUAUAAGCAGCAGCCCAUCUACAUGCUUUCUGAUAUGGAUCUGCAAGACGUCAAUGAACUUUCUCACAGACACACGUCCCUGAGCCAGAAAGGCCCUCCGUCUGGUUAUGACAUGAACACACACAGGUCAACGAAGAUCAAGAAGCCAUCCAAACAACCGCAGGCAGAGACAAAAUACAAGAACAUAGAGAUGCUAUGGAAAUUCCACUCUUCCUCAGACAUGGAACGCAUGAAUGCCUCUCCAGACUCCCGGCUCGCCCAGAUCAUGGAACAGCACCAGCAAGCCUUGGUGCAGCUGGCGGAAGUGCAGCCCAGAGAGGGCUCCUUGUCCAGCACCACACUCCCGCCCAUCCUGUCCAGGGUAGAGAGCGAAUCCCGACUGGAUGCAGAGAGAAGCCGCCGACACCAGAUGAAGAUGGCCCGCAGUAAUUCGGAAGGCUACCUGCUUCAGCUGGAAAGAGGGAGAAGACACAGGAAGCACAGCAGGACGAAGAGUUCCAAGGUGAAAGGUUAUCAGAAAAAGGAAGUGAAGCUUGGAGGCCUGGGACCUGACUUGGAGUCCGUCAGAGACAAAAUGCAAAAAUUAAUACAGCAAAAAGAAUACGCGAAGCAAGUUCAGGAAUACAACACGAAGACACUGUCCCUCCUGUCCAAACCACAGGCAGCAAAAACUGAGAGGAAAUCAGUGCUCUCUCGGCAGAAGGCUUUGGAAUACGCUAAGACCAUCCCCAAACCCAAACCACCAAAUCUGACUGACCAAGCAGCAAAGAAGAAUAAGAAGUCGAGGAAGGGUGAGGGAGAAGGAAGCUUACCGGAAAUCUCCCUGCUGGAGAUCCUGCAGAGCAGGCACGAGAGGGAAAAGCAGGCCGUGGCCGCUUUCAAAGUCCUUCACAUCGUCUAG